AUGAUCAAGAUCUGCCCUCCCAGCGCAUCUCCACCGCCGGCUUGGACGCCCUCGCCCAGAGUUCGCAAGACACCAUCCAUAUGUAAACCUGCCCGCCUCGGCUGGUUCCCGGAAUCAGAAGUCAAGCAUGGUGCCCGACCGGGCUGGCCGGCACUCGAGUGCGCCGAAUUCGGUCUGACCUGCGAGUACAUGCGGGAACGCAAGAAGAGGGGCAAGGCUUCCCGCAAGGAGAUAGCCGCACAGCAGGCUGCCGCCGCUGCCGCUGCCGCUGAUGGCGGUAAUACGAGUCCUUCGUCGACAAACGGCUAUCCCAGUGAAGAGCAGCAUGGCAACAGCCCCGGCCAGCCCCAUGAGCGGGAUGGUCAACAAAAACCCCCGGGACCUGACCUUCCACCGCCUAGCAAUGGAGCACAGCGAUCCGCCAGCAUCGGGAGUCAUCACGACAUGAACGGCACAGCACAUUACGACAUGCACCACGUAGGCAGGUAUGGUUCCGUGGGCGACAUGUCGGAGCACGGUGGACAUCAUCAGAUCGCCGGGCCUGCCGAUGGUCUGGUGACUGGUCUCGCGACGCCGCGUCUGUCCACGAACGGAGUCCACGAUCGCAACCUCCACAUGAUGAACAUGUCGGACUACGGCUCUAUGGACGAUUAUCAGCGAGCUGUCGGGUCGCCCGGUGCCGUGAAUGGGAACAUUAUUCUCCAGAACGGCGGGGCUGUCAUGCACCAUUCGCUCCUUGCUACCAACGGCAUGCAAGCCUAUGGUGACAACUCUUACACUAUGCUCAGCCCUCAAAGCCAGCACGCACAGCAAAACGGAUUCCGUAUACCACCCGGCGAGAGCCCACUUGCUGGGUUUCUGGGCAACUCGCCCGUUGAUGGUUCCCCUGGGUGGCUCUCCCUUCCAUCGCCUUCGGCGGCUUUGUAUUCGCAGCAGCACAUGGCAAACUCCCAGACGCUUCGAUAUCCGGUUUUGAAACCGCUGUUGCCAUAUCUCCAAGGGAUCAUUCCUGUCUACCUCGCCUGCGACCUCCUGGAGUUGUACUUCCAAAGCGCCAGCUCCGCUUUCAUGCAACCCGUAUCGCCGUACGUGCUUGGCUACGUGUUCAGAAAACGAUCUUUCCUGCGGCAAAACAAUCCUCGAGUGUGCAGCCCGGCUCUCCUGGCAAGUAUGCUCUGGAUAGGCGCACAGACCCACGAGUCGGCUUUCCUCACCUCGCCCCCUUCAACCCGUGGCAAGGUAUGCCAGAGGUUGCUCGAGCUGACCAUCAGCUUGUUGAAACCACUCAUCCAUACGCCAGACGCGAGCAACCAUGCUUCACCAAACUUUGCCGCCAACACGGUCAUCAACGGCGUCGCUCUCGGCGGCUUCGGAGUAGCCAAUCCGAUAUCUGGGCGGCUGGCAGAGACUGAGGGCGGAACUCCCGGGUCGGCAGCAGCACUGGACGACAUCGUUACAUACAUGCAUCUGGCUGUUGUCGUGUCUGCCAGUGAGUACAAGGCCGCGAGUCUGCGAUGGUGGAACGCUGCUUGGUCGUUGGCGAGGGAAAUGAAGUUGAACAGAGAACUUCCACCCAGCCCUCCGGCGCCCGGGCGAGAGACAGGGGAGGACGCGGACGCUGAGGGAGAGGUCGACAUGGACGUUGAUAUGAACGGGAUGAAUCACGGUAUCAGCGGGCAGGUGCACACGCCUGGAAUGGUGUCGGAGGAAGAGCGUGAGGAAAGGAGGAGGAUAUGGUGGCUCCUCUACACCAUGGAUCGCCACUUGGCUCUGUGUUACAACCGGCCACUGUUCCUGCUCGACGUCGAAUGCGAGGAGCUGCUUCAACCGGUCGAAGAGUCGAAGUGGCAGGCAGGAGAUUACUACACAGGCAACUCUGACCAAUAUUCGGACUCGUCAUCUCCUUACUACAGACGUAGGGGCCCAUCUUUCGAAGUCACCGGCCACUCGAUUUUCGGAUACUUCACGCCGUUGAUGACUAUUCUCGGCGCGAUUGUCGAUCUCAACCACGCCCGAAACCACCCAAGAUUCGGCAGCCGCUUCCGAGACAGCAACGAGUGGGAGCACUAUGGUUCAGAGCUUUCCCAGCAGCUGGAGGCUUACGGCCGGAGCCUGGAGGAUUUCGGGAAGCGCUUCACGAGCAACCUGGCGUCGGGAAACGACAACGAGACGGCAAAUGGCACGGAAAACGGCAACCGCGAUGCAGGCACACCCUCGGCACAUUCGGUCAACUCGUCAGGCUCGCGCAUCACUGAAUCGAUGAUCCAGACCAAGAUUGUGGUGGCCUAUGCCACCCAUCUGAUGCACACGCUGCACGUCCUGGUCAACGGCAAAUGGGACCCGAUCUCUCUCCUGGACGACAACGACCUGUGGAUCUCGUCGCAAUCGUUUGUGACGGCGACGGGGCACGCGGUGUCGGCAGCAGAGGCACUCAGCGACAUUUUGGAACACGACCCGGACCUGAGCUUCAUGCCGUUCUUCUUCGGGAUGUACCUGCUCCAGGGCUCGUUUCUCCUGCUUCUGAUCGCCGACAAGCUGCAGGGCGAGGCCAGCCCCAGCGUGGUCAAGGCGUGCGAGACAAUCGUGCGUGCGCACGAGGCCUGCGUGGUUACGCUCAACACUGAGUAUCAGCGCAAUUUCCGCAAAGUCAUGCGGUCGGCGCUGGCGCAGGUGCGGGGGCGGUGUCUGGAAGACUUUGGCGAGCAGCAGCAGCGGCGGCGCGAGGUGCUGGCGCUGUACCGGUGGACGGGGGAUGGCAGCGGCCUCGCGCUGUGA